AUGGCUUAUCAAACAUUUCGGCAGGAGUAUAUGCAAAUACCAGUCGUGACAAGAGCAUAUACUACAGCUUGCGUUAUUACAACUAUAGCUGUUCAACUGGAAUUGGUGUCUCCAUUUCAGUUGUAUUUUAAUCCCAUAUUGAUAUUUAGCCAAUAUCAAGUAUGGAGAUUAAUAACAACGUUUUUGUUUUUCGGAGCCAUUGGAUUUACUUUUUUUUUUAACAUUAUCUUCACUUACCGGUAUUGCAGAAUGCUUGAAGAAGGUUCAUUUAGAGGGAGAACAGCAGACUUUAUUAUGAUGUUUUUAUUCGGAGGCGUCACUUUAACAAUAAUGUUGGUGUAUGUCUGGUCAAGAAGAAAUCCAGUUGUUAGAAUGAAUUUCUUUGGUCUCAUAAAUUUCCAGGCCCCUUACUUACCAUGGGUUUUAUUAGGAUUUUCUGUGUUAGUAGGCAAUGCAUUUUGGGUAGAUGUAAUGGGUAUGGUUGUAGGCCACAUGUAUUAUUUUAUAGAAGAUGUUUUUCCAAACCAAAGAGGAGGAUUUAAAUUACUGACAACUCCUCGAAUAUUAAAAACAAUAUUUGACAGAGCACCAGUAGAUCCUGACUAUGUACCACUGCCUGAAGAUAGACCAGGAGGUUUCAAUUGGGGUGAUCGUCCAAAUAACUAA